UGUCACCCAUUGACCCCCAUUGACACCCAUUGACACCCAUGGGACCCCCAUAGAACCCAUUGACACCCAUGGGACCCCCUUGUCCCACCCCCCACCCGUGGGUGGCAGCACCUCGUGGGGCCAAGCCCCUAUGGGGGGCAGCAGCUCCCCCAGCCCCAUAGAUGUGGGUCAGGGCCCCAAAUGGAGCGAGGAAGAGGAUGAAGAGGAGGAAGAGGAAGAGGAGGAGGAAGAGGAGGAGGAAGAGGAGGGGGAUGAAGAUGAAGAGGAGGAGGACGAGGAGCCGCAGUUCCACACCAACCCCCUGUUCUGUGGGCUCUACAAACCCCACCUGCAGGGCACCGACAGCGCAGAGACCCCCAACAUGGGGGGCAGCCAGCAGGAUGCCGUGCCCAUAGGAAGGGACAGUGAUGGGGACAGAGCGGCUGAGCCAGGCCUGUCGCUCUCUGCCCCCCUGGAUCCGACCCAGCUUGGGGGGCACCGGGACCCCCCCAAAAUCCCAAGAGAAGGGGACGCGGCCCCCCCCAGCCCUGAGCCCCCCAAACAUUUGGCAGCUGGGGGGGGGACAGACCCGGAGCCUGGCAGCCCCUCUGCCCCACAUCGCCCUCAGACGCCCCCCCCCCCCCCCCAUCCCCCCCCCCCCACCCCCCCCCCCAUCACCCAUGCUGUGCACUCCCUGACCUGUGCCAUCAUGCUGCUCAACACAGACCUCACCCCGUGA